GCUUUGUGGAUCACUUCGGCGGAACUUCUUCGUUUGUCCGUAUCCAAAAAGGAUACAUUGGUACACUUUGACGUUUUUUAACUGGUUGCUUGAGGCGCAGAAGUACGCUGCAAUGAAUGGCUCCCUAACCAGUACCGUGCCGGCGAUCGAGCGACCUGGGGUCACACGCAUUCAUCGAAUUCGCGAACGGGGAACGGAAGCGACACUAUUGCGUCUUUAACAUUCGUAUCUUCUUUGUGUAAUGAAGGUGAACUUGGGGCUUCAAAAGGUUUUUUUGCUGAUAUUGUGCCGCUUGUCGUUGACUUUAACCUGCGGCACACGGACUGUGCCGUUGGGCUGUCGUACUUUCAACGAUUUCUGAGUAAGGAACCAGCUCCAAAGGCUGGGAACAAGUCAGCGCACACAACAACCCGUCUGUACGCCGGUGGAAAGCUGUCGCCGUUUGUCGUUGCCUGAUUUCUCCUUCUCGGUGCGCUGCGGUCACCUGCUACGUUUCUGUAGACCUCUGGCUCGUCCGGCGGUUUAUUUCGUUAGCUCGUUGCCGUCGUGCCACUGUGUUCCUCACUGGAUGGAUCGAACUAUGGAUAAUCCAGUUCUGUCUUCAUCAUGCUGUCCUCCGUGUCGUGUCAUGUCUGACACGGAGAAUAAAGAAAAUGCUAGAAUAAACAUGGAAGAAACCGUGUUGUCUUCUGCCUCGUGCGGCACGACGGAAGCUGUCGUUGAUUCAGAAAAGCAGGCAGGACAUCGAAGCAUAACUGCAGGCGAACCAACUAUCAUGGCGUUCGACGGAGAUGCUGUUCUCAGUGGAAAAGAACCCUUGGACAAACCCUCAGGUAGAAAUCCUUGCAACGUGGGCAGGAACCUAGAAGCGACCGUGGCGCCUACAAAAAGACGUGCUGGUGAUCUUUUGUCUUUCGAGGAAGGCAAGAGACGACGAGUAAUAACUGGUUCAGAGAGAAUGUCAUCAACUCAAAAAAAGAAAUCUAUCCGCACACUUACAUUGUCAUCGUUUUUCUCUGUCAAGAAAAACACUUCUGGAGAGGAGCCAGUGUCCAUCGCGAAAACCGUGGCCGCCGCGUCUGCGUGCCAGCUUGCAGCCGGGUCUUGUAGUGGUGAUCGGCAGUUGGAGCAGGUUUCAGACACUGUCAAAGAGGAACAUAAAGGAGAAGGAGCGGGAAGUGUCGAUUCUGUCUCGUUGGUGAAAGUGCCCACGGAGGCGCGCUUGGUCGAUCCAGAGGGAGAGAUGAAAGCAACUUCAGAAGCAGCGGCUCUUUGGCGCCAAACCCUCGGCGAUUGCUGGUUUGAUGCUUUGAAGGAGGAAUUGCGGCUACCGUACUUCCGUGAUUGCAUGCAAUUUAUCCGCCAAGAGCGUCAAAAAUAUCGAGUGUAUCCUCCGUCACGUCUGGUUUUCAACGCCUUCAAACAAACCCCACUAAACGCCGUAAAAGUCGUCGUCGUUGGACAGGAUCCAUAUCAUCAACCGGGACAGGCCAUGGGACUAGCGUUCUCCGUCCCGCGCGGAAUUCCUUUACCUCCGAGUCUGCAGAAUAUCUUCAAGGAAAUCGCUCGCAACUACCCUGGGUCGAAGUUGGUGGAUCAGCAUACUAAUCGAAUAUCUUCCUUUGUCCACGGCGAUCUGACAUCUUGGGCUUCACAGGGCGUCUUCCUUCUUAAUUCUCUCCUCACCGUUCGAGAGAGUACCCCAAUGUCUCAUCGGGAUGCGGGCUGGGAGCGAUUCACUACAAAGGUCAUUAAUGUAAUCAAUACGCAAUGCGAGGGCGUUGUGUUCCUUCUGUGGGGCAAGCCAGCGCAGAAGAAGUCAGCAGGCGUCAGUCGCUGUCGUCACCGUAUCCUGGAAGCCGGGCAUCCGUCGCCGCUGUCUGUUCGAUUCUUCCAGGGCUGUCAACACUUUUUGAAGUGCAACGAGCUACUAAGAUCGAUGGGAAAGGCAGAGAUCUAUUUCGCAUCCUCGUCAUGCUAAUAAUUAAUCGCUGUUGUCGCCGCUAACUGCACCUUGGGAACCGUUAUUAUCAAUAGGCGUGAAAAAAAACAAAUCUCAAUUGUGGCAAUCUGUUUGUGGGACGUGGAUAUCGGGUGUGCCCGUUCAAGGGUGGCAGAAGGCUAGAACCACUGUCACAGCAAAAACCAUUUUGUUGCGCGCUGAAGUCGUUAUGACUUCGUCGCACAUUGCACAUGGAGACAACUUGUUCACUCACGUGGGCCUCUGGUAUUCGGUCGGCAGUCGUGAGUCCUGUCGCAGAGUGGAACCGUUAAAACGUUGUGUACAACCAUGCUUUAUGAUGGAAGUCAAGGGUUUCCAUGCCUAGCGAGCACUGGCUACACAAGGACAUUUUCGGCUGCACUAGUUUUUUGACACUCCGGAAAACCACAGAUAAAGAAUUGUUUAAGACGGGUGUGGGACGACGCAUGGAUAAUUUUGCAUCAAGCCAGAAACC